CAGAGGCAACACUGCCACCGGAAAUACAUUUCCACUAAACGGAAGUAGCGGAACAAGCCCUGGCUGUUGUGGUCCGCUGAAAAUCCAGAGAAGCUUUUUGUAGUAAACCCGCUUAUUGCCGUGGCAGAAACGCCGAAACAUGGACAGAUAGUGUUUGUUUAACCGGUUUUUUGGUUGAGGUCCCUGGAGAAAGAUAAUCCACCCCAUUUUGGACCACCGCUCGGGCAUCAAACAGUCACAGAAGGACCUCAGCAGUUUUAUCACUUGUGCAACUCCAAAGUCUUUGUGCUUUUCUUGCGUUCACCACCAUGGCUAACAGCACUGCGACAGUAGUGAAGGGUCUGCCAUCAGGCCCAGCUGGCCGAAGUAGUCCAGAGGGUUCUCAAGUUCUCAGUAAGAAGAAGCUGCAGGACCUUGUGCGAGAGAUUGACCCCAACGAGCAGCUGGAUGAGGAUGUCGAGGAGAUGCUUCUACAAAUUGCAGAUGACUUUAUAGAAAGUGUAGUCACAGCAGCCUGUCAGCUGGCACGUCAUCGCAAGUCCAACACCUUGGAGGUGAAGGAUGUUCAGCUACAUCUAGAGCGCCAGUGGAACAUGUGGAUUCCUGGUUACGGCUCAGAUGAAAUCCGACCGUUCAAGAAGGCUUGCACCACAGAGGCUCACAAACAGAGAAUGGCACUGAUCCGCAAGACAACCAAAAAGUAGCAAGACUGAAAUCUUAUACCCGCUGUGUAUUUUUCUUUUUUCUCUCUUCUUUUCAUCUUGGAUUAUUUUGACUAAUGAAGAAAGCGGACAUGGAUUUUUCUUUAUUCUUUUUUUGACAAUAAGUAGUGUUUCAUUAUUAUGUUUCCCCAAGUUUUGGUUGUUUUGCCAAAAUCGUCACACAGUAAUGGUAUCCAUAAGGUUUACUCUGUUUUUUGUUUGUUUGUGUUUUUGCCAUUAGGGUAAGUCUGGCAGUAUUCUGCUGCUGUUUUGUCAAUAAAUACCAACUGGAAUACGUCC